AUGGGCUUUGAGCUGACCAGCGUCAAGCACGUCUUUGCGCUCCUCUGCGCGAUCAACCUCCUCAACUACAUCGACCGCGGUAUCAUUCCCGGCGCGCCGAUCCAGUUCCAAGCGUUUGUUCAAACGACGCACAAUGUGGACUCGAGCAACGUCAGCGUCUACAUUGGCCUCCUCCAGUCCAUCUUUAUCGCGUCGUACUCGAUCUUCAUCUGCAUCUUUGGCUACCUCUCGAUGACGCGCAAGCCGUUCACGCUCGCAGCGAUCGGUCUCUUCAUCUGGGUGCUCUCGAUCGUCCUCGGCGGCCUCGCCAAGCCGCUCGAUAGCUUUUAUUUGCUGCUGUUUGGCCGGCUUAUCUCUGGCAUUGGCGAGUCGUCGUUCCACGCGACCGCGCCGCCGUUCAUUGAUGAGUUUGCGCCGCCGGCGAAGCGGACGCUCUGGAUGGGUAUCUUCUUCGCCGCCGUCUCGGUCGGCCAAGCGCUCGGCUUCUCGUACGGCUCGGUGACGGCGCGCACGAUCGGGUGGGACGUUGGCUACUACAUCACGGCAGCGCUCAUGGUGCCACUCGCGUACGCGUGCUACGCUUGGAUCCCUGACCACUGGAACCAACCGCUCGCGGUCGAAUCGGCCUCGACGACCCAGUACGACGACGACGACGACGAUGAUGUGGCGCACCGCCCCGAGAACACGACGUUUUUGCGCGAAACGUGGAUGCUGCUCAAGAGCCCCGUCUUCAUGUGCUCGGCGAUGGGCCUCGCCGCGUACAACUUUACGCUCAGCGGUAUGGUAUCGUUCGCGCCGGCCAUCCUCAUUGGCUACGGUCUCUUGAGCGAGUCGAUCGCGUCAACGGCGUUUGGCGGCCUCGUCGUGCUUGCGGGUUUGAUUGGCGCGCCUACCGGCGGCCUCAUCUUGGAUCGCAUGUGCCGUGGCCACGAACACGAAAAAACGUACCGCCUCAAGCAAGCGUCCAAGCUCAUGUUUGGCUUGAUGACGUCCGGCGUCCUCUUUCUCUUUCUCUCGCUGGCCUUCAUGGGCUCCAAAAUCGUCUUCUUUGUCUUCCUCUUUGUGGGUCUCCUCCUCGUCUUCUCGACCCAAACCGCGACGACGAUUGCGAUCCUCAUGAGCGUCACGCGCUCCCAGCGUGGGUACUCGAUGGGCCUAAACACGCUCCUCCUCCAUCUCUUUGGGGAUGUGCCUGCCGCCGUCAUCCUCGGCGCGCUCAAGGACAAGUGGGCGCCGCGCUGCGGCAGCAAGAUUGACGCGAACGGCAAGGACGUACUCGACCCGUUGUGCCACUUGGACAAGGAUGGUCUUCGUAACACGCUCUCGUUUGCCUACGGCUGGCUGCUUUGGUGCGUCUUGCUCUGGGGCGCCGCCACCUUCUAUGCGUGCAAGCGCCAUCGCGACGCCAAGGGCCAUUACCGACUGCAGUCGACGCCGCUCGCCGCCGAAAAAGACAUGGCUGCGUAGUCGUACUACCUGUACAUUACAUAAACCUCAUAGCACAAGAAGAGUAACAUCAAGGCAUCGUACUCCUACUACUACU